AGGCGCACCUGCUGCAUUCGCGAGCUCAGAGAUUUCAGCUUCUCACGAACAGCAGCACAGAUCUGCAGUAACAUGAUGACUGACUGCAUCAAAAACUGCUGCAGGACGUUUGCGUCCAAGAAAAAUGAACCAGAGAUUCAGACUGCUGAGUGCAAUGUGAAGAGGGGUGUUGGAGUUUCAGAGGAUUAUCUGCUUUCUAAACUGCCUCCGGACGGCCGAGAGGUUCCUUUCAUCAUCCCAACCUUCAAACCUUCAUACAUCCAGCCGAGAGGAGCACAAUACUCUGGCCACAACAUUGGACAGCAGAGCACCACAAGGUCCACUUACGCAGAAAGGAAGGCAGAGCUGGCAGGAGUCAGUCAAAUGAUGUACGAUCCUGAUGUGAACUUAAACAGCAGUCAUAUGAUCAGCUACGUGUCGCCAGGUUCACUGAGACGCCCUACUCUGAAAAACAGAGUCAACUACAACCCUGGCACAGGUUUGGAUCACAGCGACGCACAGAGACUCUGUCUGUCCAUGUUCGAUCUGUCAAAUCCUCAGGGCCGUGUUGAGCGUUAUGAUUCUGUAUCCAGCAUCCAGAGCAGCACAUCCUCCGUUCAGGAUUCCUUUGGGAGCAGCCGUAGUCUAGAAUCCAUCACGCUGUCUGGCGAUGAGCGGGAUCGUGAGCCGGGGAAAGUGUGUGUUCACCUGAAGUAUGAGGCGGCGGUGGAGCAGGUGUGGAUCACCUUAGUAAAGUGCACAGACUUGAGUGUCUAUAAUGAAAGAGUGGAGCAGCAGAAGAUUGGGGUUAAAGGCGUCAUCACCGUGAACAAGCCGGUCCGGUUUAAGAGUACGCUUAAGGAAGCAUCAGAAGACACUGUCUUCAUGGAGACAUUUGUGUUCACGCUGAACCUGGAGCAGAUCCGCAGGUCUGCACUAGUGCUGCGGCUGCAGGCUCACACACCACGCAAACGCACACUGGGGGAGUGUGUGCUGUCUCUACGAAGCCUCGGACCGCAGGAAACAAAGCACUGGCUAGAGUUCAAGCAUCCUUCUAAAACACAUGUGUGCCAUGCUGAGCUUCAGCUGGCCUUGUGUUUCCAGCCUGUGAACAGUCGAAUGCAGCUCCAGAUCCUCAGCACUCAAAACCUUCCUUCAUCCUCCUCACCGCUCACACAGAGUUACUUUGUGAAGGUUGACUUGCUGGGUGAGGGUAAGUUCUUACUGAAGAGGAAGACGAAGGCGGUGAAGUCUUCAGGAGGGCAGGUCCAGUGGGGAGAAGUGCUUCAUUUCCCUAUCACCAGUCAAGACCACAAUCUGCAACUGUCAGUUAAACUCUACAGCCGCAGCUCAGUGAGGAGAAAACAUCUGCUGGGACAGGUGCUCUUGAGUUUGGACAGCAGUUCUCCUGAGGCAGUGGAGCAAUGGAAGGAUGCAAUGGCUAAUCCUGAAAAAGUGGUGACAUCAUGGCACAGAGUUAGUCGACCCUGAAACAAGAAAGAUGCUAUAUUUUUGAGCUAAGUGCAUUUUAAAUGCAACUUAAAAAAAAACUUGUUCAUGUUCUUGUUGAAAUAUGAUUAUUGUAAGUGGAAUGCAUUUGUCUAAAAUGCUGUGGUAGUACACACACGUUUACAUGUAUAAACUGAGUCGGACCAGUUGAGUCGCUCCUAAUGUAGCUAAUCUAGUUUGUAGAUUUAACAUAUAUGUUCCUCAUCUGGUAUAAGUUUGAGAACAUGCAACUGUCUAAAAACCUCUGAUAAUAUCUUAAAUGUUUUAAUACAAUAGCUGUCAAUUAUGUCUCAGUUUAAAACAAACAAAAGCAUUUCUAGAGUUUCAAGAGUUCACACUUAGCUGAUGAUUUGGAGAGCCCUGAGCU